AUGCGCUCUUCGGUCGUCUAUGAAUCUCUCGAAAAACAAGAGCGACAAACCGAUGUGUCCAACCACGUAUACAACGGCGCCUCAGGGACGAAGAAAACCUGCAUCGCCGGCCUAGCAUUCAGCAUCCUGGUAGGAAUCGGCUUUGUCGUCCUCGGCAUCCUCGCACAAGGUCGCUCGGUGACCUUCCACCUCAAUUCGGUGACUCUCGAACUGGUCCCCCUCGCAAUCAACGUGGUGGUCCUGGUCGUGACCGAGUCUCAGGGCUACAUACACGCGACCUCCCUGCGAUGGGCACUGUUCUAUGAAGGAAAACUUGAAUUCAACACGAAUCUGCGCCUUUUGACGUUCAGCAAACACAAUUUCGCUAAUGGCAUCAUUGCCAAUGCGAUCUUUUUCAUUAGCAUCGCCGUCUGUUACGGUGCGUCGGCCAUGAUCCUGGUCCGGAAUACCUACGAAUUCUACUUGAACGGUGGCGGCGAUUGGGACGAGAUCAGCCACCUCGUCAGUAUUAGCAAAGUCACCCCGAUUGCGCUAGGGAUCGCCAUCCUCAUUCAAUGUGCCUUGUCCAUCUGGUGCUUGCACGCCUCGAGGAUACCCACCUGGAGCUCCGACCCUCUCACGACCCUCCAAGCAGCCAGCAACAGCAGAGGGCUUAUCUACCAGAAGGGUCGAUGCAUGAUGUCGGUGCACGACAGAUCCUUACUCCCAACGGCCAUGAGACCCCAAGCACGCCAACGAUCUCCCUACGCCGCAAGUCCGAGAAUCAUCCACGUCCUCCUGGUCGUGACGAUAGUCUUCUUUGCCCUUGUGAUCUGGACGGGUAUCAUCAUCCACGUCGGGCAACACAAUAUGCCUGACGCAUCCUGGAACUUCUUCCCUACCGCUGCGGUGGACACCAUGACCAACAACGUCGAAUUCCAAGCCGCUACCACGCAAACGGUAUUCCUGAAAUUCUUUGCUAGCUUCAAUCCUGGCUAUGCUCCCAUCUAUGUGCCGGAGAUUAACAUGCUAGCGAUCUUGAUCUUCUGCGUCGCCAUCCAGUCGUUUCUGACCAUUGGCCUGCACUGCGCGGAGCUACAGGUCAUCCUCCUCCGCGAUGAGAAUGUCUGGCGCACACUCAUGGGCCCCACUGGCACCGAGGCACCGAGCCUCUACAACUCCGUCACCAAGCCUUUGCGCACAAUUCCUAGUGUGGCACUCCUAGUUUUCAAGCCCGUCGUGCAUUGGAUGUUUGGAUCCGCGCUGGGUGUGGACUACGCCAAGGGCGUGCUCAUGCGAGUCCCGCACGUCACAUACCUAAUGGCGCUGUGGCUCGUGUUUUUGGCCUUUGUCGGUGUUAUUAGUUUCACUCGACCCAAGGGACCGCUGCCCGCAACAUACGGACAUUUACAGACCAUGUUGGACGUGGCGGAUGAACUUUCCGAUGUCAUGUACUGGGGUGACAAGGGCGAGGCGACGGGGCUGUUGGACCAGAGUCAGGAAGAGGGAGGUCGACUAGGAGAAGGUAACAAGCAGACAGAGGUCAGGCAUUCGGGAACCAGUACCCAGCCAUUGCCGGCCGUGCAGAUGGAUGCCUCGUACUCAUGA